AUGCAUUCAACAUUCGUUUCACCACCUCUUAUCCUUUCUUUGGGCUUGCUAACCGUGGCAUCUGCCCAACAGCCAGGAUUUGGCGGUGGUUAUGGCGGAGUUUGGGGGGACUGGUUCCAUAAUGGAGGACCGCGGAUUCCUGCUACCAAGCCCUGGACCACGCUUGCUUCGACCACCAGUGUCAGCACAGGGUUGGCUUCUUCUUCAACUUCGUCGUCCACUGAGGCCGAGGAGUCUCCCACCACUACAUCCUUGGCUGAGACGACGACCAGCAUCUCCACCAUUUCUUCAACAACUCCUGUGAUCGUUCUGCCAAGUCUGACCACUUCUAUACCUGGUAUUGGUACCACCUCCACUUCCAAAUCGACUUCCCAGUCAAGAUGGAUCGAACUCUCACCCGAGUUUCUGACCGGCUCAGCAAGCCAUCCCCACUGGGUUGACUGGGUUCCAACCACCUCUGCCGGGAGCACCACCAAGUCUACAACUGUUUUUUCUGACGUUCCUACAACAUCCCCAAGCGAGUCACCAACGCCAGUGACAACCUCUAGCUCAAGCGUGUCCGACUCUACAACUGAGCUAACAAGCACUUCCUCUCCCGAGGUUUCCGCAACCUUCUCCACCGAGGUCUCAUCAGUGUCUAGCUCUACCUCUACACACCACUUUUGGGGAGACUGGACUACCACAACAUCAGCCGAAGGCGUUCCUGAGUCUACCACUGUCUCAACAACCAUUGUCUCCAUCACACUCCCUGUCGAGUCAACUCCCACCACUGUAUCCACCCCAAGCUCGAGCUCAACACAUCAUUUCUGGGGCGACUGGACCACCACGACUUCUGUGGAGGUCUCACCAGAAUUCACAACCGAGUCCAUAUCCACCUCGAGUUCGGUGUCCGAUCUUGUGUCUCCGACCCCGGUUUUAUCGACGACGACCUCGCUUGAUAUCCCCAUCGAACCGAGGACCGAGUCGUCAGCGUCCUUCACCGGCGGUCUUACGUCCUCACACCAUCAUUGGGACGACUGGGUCACGACCAGUUCUAUCUCAGCUUCCACAACUACAACUUCGGUGGAGGUUUCACCCGAGUUUACAUCUAGUGUAUCUUCCGAUUCCUCUUCUUCGCAGGAAAGUACCACCAGUAGCCACCAUUUCUGGGGAGAUUGGACCCUGAGCACAACCUCGUCAAGCCCGACACCAGUGACAACCGAGGAUGAAACUUCCACCACCACAUUAGCAACAUUGUUUACGACAACCUCAGAGUCCUCCACCGCCCCACCUCGAUGGGAUUCAAGUUCUCGCUCCAGGAGCUGGAGUAAGAGCUUUAGCCAUUCUUUUUCCAAGACGACAAAGACUGUCCCAGAAAGUACAACUACCACUGGUGUUUCAUCUACCACCUCAUCCACAAGCAUUCAAGUUGAACCAACCCAGCCAACCUCGACAAGCGGCACUACCACUGUCAGUUCAACUGCAUCCACUACUUCUCACGUAACUGCUUCUUACACGACCGACAGCACCACAACGACCUCUGCUGCCACCACCUCAACCAGCGCUAGUACCACUAGCAGUUCUUGUGCUCCCACCACCGUCACCCUUAGUGCAACCUGCCCCGCCGCGGAGACGGAAACGGAGACGGCAACCGUCACAAUCAGUGGCAGCGCCAGCUGCCCGACCUUCCCUAGCGGACAUGGCGGACAUGGCGGGCCGGGUGGGCCGAUCAUUGCCACUUCCACCGUUAUUGUCACCGAGACCGGAUCGACAGUCACAAUUGAUGGACCUACCGUCACGAUCCCUGCAACGACCAUCACCCUCCCUCCGCAGAUCGUCACUAGUAUAUCUACCGUUUGGCACACUCAAAGCAAGACUAAGAUCGGCACGGAAUACUCCUUCGUCACCAGGACCGCCACCGUCGCACCGUGGGGUCGAGGCCGCUAUCACUGGGGUUGGUAG